AAAGCUUGUCAAAAGUGAAAACUAAAUUAAUUUAGUCAGCUGAUUUCAUACAAAAACUUAAUUAUUCCUUGUGGAUAGUACUUAUGUUUCCAUAGAAUUAUAACAUUAAUUCGUAGAUUGUAAUAUUGAAACAAAAAAAUGUUUUACAACUAGUACAUGAUUCAUCAAGAACCAAGGCCGUCGGCUCAUGACGUUACAUUUAAUUAUGAAAUAAGUUGAUUGAGAUGACCUAAUGCUUAUACUUAACACGCUCACGAUCCUUAUCCAAGUGGUGUUUAUUGUGUUUAUGUCAAUAAUAUCUAUGAAUAUAAUCCGACACUUUACAAGUGUGAAAAGAAUGGUUUUUAUAGCUCCGGCGCUCUUUGUGAAUCAUGGAGGUGGUCCACUACCAUUAUUAGGUGACAAGGACCAUAUGGGACUGACGAAUUUCCUACGUGAUGAAGUAAAAAAGCAUGUAAAUUUUAAGGAUUUAAAAGCUAUCAUAUUGGUAACAGCUCAUUGGCAGGAGAAACAUGUAAGUAUAUCAUCCAGCAGCCAUCAUGAUCUUUAUUUUGAUUACUAUGGCUUUCCCCCAGAAUCUUACGAGUACACCUACGACGCACCUGGACAUCCCGAAUUAGCAAAGCAGGUGUACUCAGCCCUAUCGGAUGCCGGGAUUGAAGCAAAAUUAGACUCCUCCCGAGGCUGGGAUCAUGGUGUAUUUGUACCAAUGAUGUUAAUGAAUCCAGAAGCAAACAUUCCAAUAGUACAACUUUCAGUUCUAUCGAAUCAAGAUGCGGAACAGCAUUAUCGACUUGGUGAGGUAUUGCACAAAUUUAGAAAAGAUGGAAUUGCUAUAAUAGGGUCAGGUAUGUCGUAUCACAAUAUGAGAGAAUUUAUGUAUGGAAGGAGUGGCCACAAGGUUGUAAAUGAGGACUUUGAUUCCUUCUUGAAUGAAGCAUGUACAGCUAAUAAUGAUAAGAGAAAAGAAAUGCUAAUGAUUUGGGACAAACAACCAGGAGCAAGAGAAGCACAUCCACCUCGUGCAGCAGAACACUUCAUGCCAUUGGUAGUGAUUGCAGGUGCUGGUGGAAAGGCACCAGGAGAGAGGAUCUUCAACUGGGAUCUAAGUGAUAGCUUUAGAUUAAGUGGAUUUAUAUGGAAAGAUGAAUAAAUAUUUAUUUAUUUUUGUAUUGAGGGUCCAAAAAUAGUAACAUAAAAUAACUAUUCUUCUAUUUGAAAUAUUUUAUAAAUA